AGAUAAACACACACACACACACACACAAUUGAAUACCUAGGCCUAUCUCAUCUCAAACUGAAGAAUGCUAAGAGUGCUUGAAUUUUUUUUAAUUAAUCCAUUGCUAGAAAUUGUUUUCCUAGAUUUACAAAUUAUGCAUUUAAGUAAAACAUACUUUUUGUUUUAUUCUGUAAACUACUGAUGUUAUACUUGGUGACUUUUCUCUGUACAGUCCUACAGUUUUUACUGCAAUUGCAAUGUGGUAUAACGGGCACAAGAGGGCGCACGUGCAAUUGUCACAACAAUAAGAAAACUUACUACAGAAGUUAUGGCACAAAGAGUGAAACAUUUAUAACUUCUUUUUCCAGUAUUUUUCUCAUCAGUGACUGGAAUAUUAAGUCAUCAAUUUCCACUGGUAUUAGCAAGCAUGACCAUUUUCUGUUUUAAGGUGUGCAGUGUUAUUUUUUGUUUGUUUUGUUAAGGCAAAAGUUCAACGUGCAUAAGAAGUUCGCUUUAAGUUCUCUUCAACUCAAACGAACCCCUGUGGAACUCAAAACAAGCGGAAACCAAAGUAGAAACCCAAUCAGCUUAGCAUAAAAGUUGGACAAACUGCGUUAGUCAAGACGCUCAAGAAAACAAGUCGCGUUUGCCCAGUAACCAUAGCAACAGUACGUAGUUCGAGCUGUUUCCGUCACCUUCAGACAUACGUCAACAAAAAAAGUCCUGCUGUUAUUAUCUCUUUAGUCACCACAAGACUAAAGCGUUUUUUUCAUCCCUUCAUUACUCAAAACGGAUAGUGCAUUGCACUAAAAUACAUCUUCGCAUACGCGAAACAGCAAAUUACUGACAGAUAUUCGUCAAAAAAAGGGUCGACCCUCUUGAAGGUCAGCGAAUAAUUGGCGGAAAAUUUGCUAACUGCUUUAAUACACAUUACUCAAGCUGUCCCCCUCCAGCAUAUCCCUCAGCCCGUUCCCCGCAGUAGAUGCCGUGCUGGUCGCCAUGAUGAUGUCGGUUUUUGCCUGCAGCAGCAGCAGCGAGCAGUGAGAGAGAGACACACACAGUGACCGGGAGCAGCGGCGGCGGCGGCGGCAGAGAGUCCUCCGCGCACCGACAUGACCGAGGAGGACGCACAUUUCCAGCCCCUCGCCUCGACAAGUGCAUAACAGUUUCCGAAAGCAAGAUUUGCUCCUUCCGCCAGGGUUUUGUAUCCACGAGGAGAGGAAUUUAAAGGAAAAAACAGCUUGCUAAGGCUUUCGCAGUCCUGGCAGAGGAGGGGCAUAUGGGGCUUUGUAGCAAUGCAGAUCCCGUGCUGCUGAUGCGCUUUUGUUACUGCAUAAUGGAUAACCACAGAUAUCACCACAUCUCAGGGGAUUGCUUUAAACUUCUUUGGUGACUUCUUUUGUGCAAACUGUCCUUCAAAGGAGACGCUGCAGUCGGGAAUACAUAAGCCUAGGUUAUAUACGUCAAAUCCACCGGCCAGGGCAGGGUCGAUGGCUGUAAGUUCUCUGCACCUACGGACUGCGAAUUCAUGAUGUUGUGGAUUGAUAUAUGGAGGAAUCCUUGCGAAAGGAACCAUGAUUGACUCCUUAUCUUUUUGAGUCAUUAAGCUUUUUUUGUGCAAAUACUGAGCAUACUGUGAGGCAUCAGCACCAUUUGAAACCAUGUCUGUGGAGGUGCGUUUAAAGAAGCUGGAGAAACUGAUUAUGGAUGGCCCGUCUCAGUCCAGCGGCCAGUGCUUCAGCAUGGAGACCUUGUUGGAUAUCUUAGUUUGCCUGUACGACGAGUGCAGCAGUUCUCCCAUCAGAAGAGAGAAGAACGUCCUGGAGUUUCUAGACUGGGCCAAACCUUUCACAUCAAAGGUCAAACAGAUGCGCUUACACAAGGAGGACUUUGAGAUCCUGAAGGUGAUUGGACGGGGAGCUUUUGGAGAGGUUGCAGUAGUAAAAGUGAAAAACACAGACAAAGUAUUUGCCAUGAAGAUUCUCAACAAAUGGGAAAUGCUCAAAAGGGCUGAGACGGCAUGUUUUCGGGAGGAGCGGGACGUGCUGGUGAAUGGGGACUGUCAGUGGAUCACGACAUUACACUAUGCUUUCCAGGACGAGAACAACUUGUACCUGGUGAUGGACUACUAUGUAGGGGGAGAUCUGUUGACUCUGCUUAGUAAGUUUGAAGAUCGUCUGCCUGAAGACAUGGCCAAGUUCUAUCUGGCCGAGAUGGUCUUGGCUAUUGACUCUGUGCAUCAACUACAUUAUGUCCACAGAGAUAUCAAACCAGACAAUAUCCUGAUGGACAUGAAUGGUCACAUCCGGCUGGCUGACUUUGGCUCCUGCCUCAAACUCAUGGAAGACGGGACAGUCCAGUCCUCUGUAGCAGUUGGGACCCCGGACUACAUCUCACCAGAGAUCCUGCAGGCUAUGGAGGACGGGAAGGGAAAGUACGGGCCCGAGUGUGACUGGUGGUCUCUGGGGGUCUGCAUGUAUGAGAUGCUGUAUGGAGAGACGCCUUUUUAUGCUGAAUCUCUGGUGGAGACGUAUGGAAAGAUCAUGAACCAUAAGUCGUCUCAACCUAACGAUGAGGAGCGCUUCCAGUUCCCACUUCAGGUGACUGAUGUGUCCGAGGAUGCUAAAGAUCUUGUUCGGCGGCUGAUCUGCAGCAGAGAACACCGGCUGGGCCAGAACGGUAUCGAAGACUUUAAGCAGCACCCCUUUUUCACAGGCAUCGACUGGGACAACAUCCGCACAUGCGAAGCCCCCUACAUCCCUGAAGUCAGCAGUCCCACUGACACCUCCAACUUUGAUGUGGAUGACGACUGCCUCAAAAACUGUGAGACGUUGCCUCCACCUUCACACACAGCAUUUUCUGGACACCACCUCCCAUUCGUAGGCUUCACCUACACGAGUAAAUGCACGCUGUCAGAUCGAGGGUGUUUGCGGGAAUCGGUCGGACCUGCACAGGUUGAUGCUCAUGUUCAGCGUAGCCUGGAGGAGAGCCUGGCCUCUGAAGCCUAUGAGAGGAGAAUUCGACGUUUAGAGCAGGAGAAAACCGAACUUACCCGUAAACUACAGGAGUCUACGCAAACGGUGCAAGCACUGCAGUACCCUGAUUCAGACGCCCCAGUGAAUGCUAAUAAAGAGGUAGAGAUAAGGAGUUUAAAGAGUGAGAUCGACAUCCUGAAGAAACAGAUAGCAGACUCUGGUCAGAUGGAGCAGCAGUUGGAGAACGCCAGCACAGCUAGAAGAGACCUGGAAGACUCGUCCAAGGUCGUCAGGAACUUAGAGAAACAGCUGAAGAGUGUCACACAAGAGAAAGAUGAUCUGCACAAGGAGCUGCUGGGUUUGGCAGAGAAGGUGAAGGCUCAGGGGAAGGAGCUAAAGGAUGCUCACAGUCAAAAAAAGAUGGCCAUAAAGGAGUUCGCUGAGCUGAAUGAACAGCUGAGCGAUGUUCGCACACAAAAGCAGCGCCUCAGCCGACAGUUCAAAGACAAGGAGGAGGAGAUGGAAGGAGUGUCGCAGAAACUAGAGGCUCUACGGCUAGAGAUACGCAAAGCCGAGAGAAUGCGCAAAGAGUUGGAGGCCCAGGCUGAGGAACAUGCAGCAGAAGCUCAGAAGGAGAGAAAGGUUCGAGAAAGAACAGAACAGUACAGCAAACAACUAGAGGAGGAGCUCGAGGGCAUGAAGCAGUUGAAGCAGACUGGGCCUCCUAACGGAGCUGCAAGCUCAGACCAGCAGCAGGAGCUGAUGCGCGUUCGGGCUGAACUGGAGAAGAAGAGCGUACAGUACGAGGAGGAGAUGUGUCGCAGAGAGACGCUCCACAGCAGUGAGAUGAAGAACCUCCAAAAAGAGCUACGGGAUGCCGAGGGUCAACACCUCACACAUCAGAAAGAGAUACUCGUGCUUAAAGACAAACUGGAGAAAACUCGCAGAGAAAGUCAAGUCGAGCGAGAAGAAUUUGUGUGCGAGUACAAGCAGAAGUACGAGAGGGAAAAAGCCCAUCUGACAGACGAAAACAAGAAGCUGAGUGCCGAAGUGGAGAAGUUGAACGGUCAGUUCGAGCAGCUGAGCAGCAGUCACCGGCAGCUGGAGGAGGAGAUGAGAGAACUGGCUGAUAAGAAGGAGAGUGUUGCCCACUGGGAGGCCCAGAUCACCGAGAUCAUCCAGUGGGUGAGCGAUGAGAAGGAUGCCCGUGGUUACCUUCAAGCUCUGGCCACCAAAAUGACAGAGGAGCUGGAAGGGCUCAGAAACACCAGUUUGGGAGCCAGAGGAACGGACAUGCCGUGGAAGAUGAGGCGUUUCGCCAAGCUGGACAUGUCUGCGCGUCUGGAGCUGCAGUCGGCGCUGGAUACUGAGAUCAGAGCCAAACAGUCCAUCCAAGACGAGCUUAACAAAGUCAAAGCAACCAACAUUGCCACAGAAUGCAAAUUGCAAGAAUCCGAAAGUAGAAACCAGGAGCUGCUGGGAGAAAUUGAGAGACUGAGGAAGGAGACAGAGGAGCUAAGGCUGAGGAGAGGCGUGAAGCACCAGGAUUCCCAAAAUUCCUUUUUGGCUUUCCUCAAUGCGCCCACUUCUGCACUGGAUCAGUUUGAUCGCUCACCCUCUUUUGGUCCCGGAAGCAAAACCAGACGUCUUGACUCUGCAGAUUUCACCCCUUCCAACACUCCAUCCAGAGAUGAAGACGCAAGAUCUCGCCGUAUUUCACGCUCUCGCUCACCCUCCACCGCCAGUGACAUGGAGCCUAUAGAGUUGAUUGACCACACAUCACGUAGUCUUCAGACCCCAACAGGCAGAUCAGGCUACGGGAGCUUGGGACACUCAUCACCUAAGCCCAAGGCACACCAGUUUAGUGUAAAGUCCUUCAAUGUUCCCACUAAAUGUAACCAGUGCACCUCUCUCAUGGUGGGACUCAUCCGUCAGGGCUGCACAUGCGAAGCCUGCAGCUUCUCCUGUCAUGUCACUUGUGCUGAUAAAGCCCCUUCUGUGUGCCCCGUCGCACCAGACCAGACCAGGGGCAAACUGGGCAUUGACACUCAGAGGGGCAUUGGGACUGCAUAUGAGGGGCAUCUUAGGGUGCCGAAGCCCACUGGGGUGAAGAAGGGUUGGCAGAGGGUCUGGGCAGUGGUUUGUGACUUCAAACUUUUUCUGUAUGAGCUUGGAGAAGGGAAAGGUGCUCAGCCUGGUGUUGUAGUAAACCAGGUCAUUGACAUGAGGGAUGAAGAGUUUUCCGCCAGUUCGGUUCUGGAGUCUGAUGUCAUCCAUGCUAAUAGGAAGGAUAUACCCUGUAUUUUUAGGGUAACAGCAUCUCAGCUGUCCGCCUCCUCCAGUCAGAAGACGUGUAUUCUAAUUCUGGCUGACAACGAGCAAGAAAGGACGAAGUGGGUGUGCGCUCUGAAUGAACUGCAUCGCAUCCUGAGGAAAAACAAGCUGAAGGAGCGUUUCGUCUAUGUGCCUAAAGAAGCCUACGACAGCACACUUCCUCUCAUCAAAACCACCCAAACUGCUGCUAUUAUAGAUCAUGAACGCGUUGCUUUGGGCAAUGAGGAGGGCCUGUUUGUCAUCCACGUCACCAAAGAUGAAAUCAUUCGUGUGGGUGAUGUCAAGAAGGUGCAUCAUGUAGAACUGAUGCCCACGGAGCACAUACUGGCCGUCAUCUCGGGCAGGAACCGACAAGUAUGUCUGGUCUCCAUGGCGGGUCUCGACGGGAGGGAGGUCGACAAGAAUAAGGUGGCAGAUACUAAAAACUGCCAGUUGCUGGUGUCCGGUGUGGUUCGCAAUGUCACCUGCUUCUGCCUCGCCAUUAAACGGCAGAUCUCAUGCUUCGAAAUUAACAAGAGCAAGUCACGACACUCCCAUCUCGUGGACAUACAAGCUCCAGGAACUGUCCAAUGGAUGGCGCUGUUCAACCAGCAGUUGUGUGUUGGUUACCCAUCAGGCUUCAUGCGCUACAGUUUGUAUGGAGAAACACCUCCAGCCAGCUUACUUCAUCCAGAUGACCCCACACUGGCAUUUAUUAAAACAGACAACCUGGAUGCCCUUUGUGCUGUGGAAAUCUCCAAUAAGGAACUGCUGCUCUGCUUCAGUAAAAUAGCAGUGUAUGUUGACACACACGGCAGACGCUCGCGCCAGCAGGAGCUGAUGUGGCCCGCGGCGCCCACCGCCUGCUGCUAUAACGCCCCCUAUCUGUCGGUCUACAGUGAAAAUGCAGUGGAUGUGUUUGAUGUGAACUCUACGGAAUGGAUUCAGACCAUUCCUCUCAAAAAGGUCCGGCCAUUAAACAUGGAUGGCUCUUUGAAUCUCCUGGGCCUAGAAACGGUCAGACUCAUCUACUUCAGAAACAAGACCGCAGAGGGGGAUGAACUGGUGGUGCCUGAAGUGUGUGAUAACAGCAGAAAGCAGAUGGUGCGAAGCAUGAGCAACAAGAGACGAUUCUCGUUUCGUAUUCCUGAGGAGGAGAGACUGCAGCAGAGGAGAGAAAUGUUGAAAGAUCCUGAGAGGAGGAACAAGCUGAUCUCAAAUCCUACAAAUUUUAACCAUGUGGCUCAUAUGGGACCUGGAGAUGGCAUGCAGAUACUCAGAGACCUGCCAAUGAAUGUACGUGCUCAGGACAACCGUGCUGGAUUCAGCGGCUCCGUCAGCAUCCCCUCCAUUACAAAAAACAGAGCAGAACCAGGGCGAUCCAUGAGCGCAAGCAGUGGCCUAGGAAUGCGGUCGUCCUCUCAGAACGGCAGUGCUCUAAGGAGGGAGCUGUCCAGCGGCAGCUACAGCUCUAAACGGCAGACCAUGACUUCACCCUCCGAGAGUUCGCUGUCAUCAGGAGGAGGGAUGGACGUGGGGGAAGCGCCGCUCUCUCAGUUUGACAGAGAGUGGCAGGCAGUAUCGCCCUCGGAGAAGACCCCUGAUCUGAAAAGGGCUUUAAGGACCCUGCUUAGUAAGAUGAAGGACUCUGAUUCGCCGCGGCACUCCACUGCCUCCAACAGCUCCACCUUCAGCAGCCCGCCGAGCCCCGCCUCCCCACACAAGACAAAGUCCCUCUCAUUGGAGAGCACAGACCGCACCGCCUGGGACACAUGAUGGACUCAACUGUGAGCCAAUCACAACAAACUCAAGUCUGCCUGUCACAGUGCUCCGCCCCCCUCCCAUACAGCUGCACUGCAGGCCCCUCCAACUUAAUUUGCAUAAAGGCUCACCACUGGAGAACAUCCCAAGGAGAAACCAUCCCAACGUUGAAUGCGUUCGCUAAAGUUUUACCACUUCAGAUUUGGAAGAAAAGCCAGCAGAUUUUAUCGUGACUGGUGUUUGUAUAUAGACUUGGUUAAGGGUGAACUUUUAUUUAUUUAUCAUUCAGCCAUUUCAAGGUGGAAAAUACAGUCACGUCCCUCACUCUGCUCUGGACCGUACUGGAUUGGCGAUUCCAUUAUAGGAUCCCACUAAUUAACCUGGAAAAAACAAAUGCAAUGAUGUAUAUUUUUUAUUUGCUUUUAAAAGUGAUGUGUGCCGUGAUUCCUUUGUUACUUCAGCUCAACGGAUGAGAGCUCCAUCUGUUGCUUUCUGUCCUAGAUUUGUAGGAAUUUAUAGAGGCUUUCAGACAUCUUGGAAUCUCUUUCGUCAUUUACCACCAGUCUCCGUAUAAUCCGAACCUUCCGUCAACCAACAUGACCUGUGAAAACACACAUCACAGUAAUGUAUAUAGGUCAAAAGUAUAGUAUAAUAUAUAAUAAGGAAAUAUUGAAGAGAUAAACUAUGUGGGAAAAACUAAAUCUCAUCGCUUUUAUUUUGAAGAAAUUAUUUUAAUAUACUCACGCCAAGACCAUUUAAAAAGCUUUAGUUGUGUUAGACUUUUAUUUUGGUUUAUGAGACAAUACUGCCUUGUGUAUUUUAUUUUAUUUUAAUAACAGAACUUGUCUGAUUUUUGUGAGACGCAGGCCAAGCUGUUGUACUACAAGUGUGCUUUAACUAUGAAAUCUACGUUAUGCCUCACAUGCAUUGACCGAAACUGUACAAUCAUCCGCACACUGUUGCAUACAAAUAUCACAUUUCUGCAAUCUGGAACAAUUUGCUCCGAAUUGUGGAACUCGUCCAACAUGUACUGAGUAAUUUGAGAUUCGCAGACAGACAAAAGACAUUUGCUUUUGUUCCUGGAUAGUUUCAUCUAAUGUUGCAGUAAGAGAAGCUGCAAACACACAGUUCACCCACAUAAUUUGGCUCUUUCCACUCUGGAGAAAAAAAAUAGAGUUGUAUUUUCAGUCAUUUUAUCCUAUUAAGUGUUAAAACAUUCACCACUGGUAUUAAAUGUAGGGUUAAAACAUUAAACUAUAUUACAUGAAUCUGCUUCCACAACGCCAGGAUGUUAUUUUCAUGAUGUAGUUGUUAAAUUGCUUCUGUGGUGCUUCAUUUAUUCCGUUCAAGGAAAAUGUUUUAAAACUUCUCUGAAAUCACACGUCUAAUAAGUGACACAGGGUGAUCUUUGUUUUCUUUAAUUAGUUUGAUUUAAUCCAGAGUUGCACAAGAAAGCAAGUCUCCUCAUGCACGGAUCUGUUUGUUCCUCACUGCUUUAUUUAAUUUAUUUUUUUUACGCCAAAUUCCCAUCUAUUUAUAUCAUAAAAGGGCUUUGCACACUUGAUAUACUUGAUGGAUCAUUUUAAGCCCCUGGUAAACACAAUCCUGGUUUAUUUCACUUUAUGUUUUUACACGGUUCAUAAUUUCCUGUACAAAAAUUAAACAAAACAUUGCUUAUCAGAAAUUAA